AUGAUAAGUCAAGGAACAGACAGUAUCUCAGUGUAUUUUUCCAAACUCAGAAAUCUGUGGGAUGAAUUUGAUAGCAUGGUUCCUCCUCCGUGUGGAUGUGCUAGAUCGAAGAAUUUCAUUGAGUUUAUGGAAAAGCAGAAGGUGUUGAAGUUCCUAAUGGGUCUAAACGACAAUUAUGAACAGGCUCGUAGUCAAAUUCUUAUGACUAGCCCAACGCCAAGCAUCAAUAAGGCAUAUGCAAUGCUUAUUGAAAGGGAGAGUCAAAGAUUUGUGGCUAACACUUCUACUGUGGGUGUAAAAGUCGACUUAGCUGCCCUGCUAGCUGGUGAAGGAGGAAAUUAUCAGAAUUAUCAAAAACAAAAGAGAAACUGA